AUGGUUCGUUGCAUUGCCAACCAAGGCGAGCAAACAAGAACAAAUGCUAGCCAACUCUUGGACAUUGGGGCCACCGCUAUUGUCACUGCGGUAUGUCUUCGUCGUCUGGACGAAGAACACGAUCGGACAAUAGAGCACACCUUUUCCCUUCAAAAAGACAUUACUGCUGCUAGAACCAAAGUAAGGGAGUUCCGUGAGCAACAAGCCACAAUGGAGAGGCGUAUCAUCAAGGUUGAACGUCAGGUAGGCCGAGCUAAGAAUUCCACAACUAACUACCAUGGUCCGCAGCGCCCUACCCGCUCGAAGUAG